AUGGAAUUGCUCUUAACACAACUUCAAGAAAACCCUCUAAACUGGUUUCUUUCAGGUUUUCUUGUUUAUGUCGUUUACUCGUACUUUACACCGCCACCAUAUACCUUACCGAUUGCAAAACAUCCCGAGACAACUAUUUUUAGAGAAUAUUCACCGAAACAACUAAGGGAAUAUGACGGAAGGACUCCACAAACGAAAAUUUAUAUGGGCGUUUGUGGUCAAGUCUAUGAUGUAACCAAAGGACGUAACUUUUACGGUCCAGAGGGCCCUUACGGAAAUUUUGCUGGACGUGAUGCUUCCCGUGGGUUAGCAAAGAAUUCUUUCGAUACGGAUGUGCUCACUCCAAUUGAUCAACCUCUUGACACUUUAGAAGACUUGACAUCAGAAGAGGAAGAGAGCCUUAGGGAUUGGCACAAUCAUUUUUCAGCAAAAUAUGAAUAUGUAGGAAAGCUAGUGAAUGAACCAUAA